CCUCCUGCCUCUGCCUCCUGAGUGCUGGGAUUAAAGGCGUGCCCCACUCCCCGCCCAGCAGUGUUCCUUACUCUGUUCCUCUCUGCUCUGCAGGCCUCCUACUUGGGGCCAGCCCAGCCCACCCUCAACUCUCCUCACCUGGCUUGCUGGCCACUGCUGCAGUUAAGGAAGACUUGCACUGGAUGUCCUCACACAUAGGCUCCCCUAGGACCCGCCUCCUCCUGUCUCUGUGGCUUACUCUCUACCUAAGGCUGGAUCUCUGCAGUGCGGGUCCUGCCUGUUUCAGAGGUCAGGGGACACUGUUUUCCUGAAUGCUGGUACCAAGGCCCUGAGGAAUGAUUUGAGGGAGGGAGUCAGCUGGGGCUUCAGUCAACCUGGCCCAGGGAACUGCUGUGCAAAGGCCCUGAGGCAGGGCUUGAAAGGAAGUCAGGCAGGUUAGAGAAUCUUUGUUGAGUAUUUAGAGGUCUGAUCAGAAACCAGACAGGAAGGUGAACAAGGCCAUUUCAAGAGUUCUGGGAGGGCUCCGAAGUAGCUUUCCAUAAACUCUGCCAGUGCAGACCUGUGCUUGGAGACCAGCAGUCUCCACCUUUGCCCAUCCACUCAUGGGCAGCCACCCAUGCAGGUUGGCUUCUGAGGGUGGGGCCCACGCUUGGCACCAGCCACCCAGGGAACAAAGCCUGGCAGUCAACCUUGGCCCUGAUGGACCUGAUGGGAGUCCCAGAGGGCUCAAAUCCUCCGCCUCGUCGUGAGGCUUCUAAAUCCGCGGGACGGUCCUGAUUAGUGAUUCUGGGCCUUCACUGCUCUGCGGGCUGGCUGGAGCCUGAAAGGCCUCUCCCGGCGGGGCCUCCGUGGAAUCGGCAGCCGCCCCUAAUCCAUGCUGGAAUCCUCUGGCACCAGGCCCGCGUUGGGGCUCCAAGGCUGUUGGGCCCUGGGCCAGGCCUGCAAGGAACCAGCCUGGCUGCCAGGCCUACCCCCCUCACCCGCAGCGCCCAGGACUACAGAAAAGGGAGGCCGGGUGCUGGGCUCACCUCUGUGAGAGGCAAAGGAGACCCUUUCCCCGUCCCUGGGCUUUUUUAGCAGAUAACCAGGCCAACGAGAAUCCGAGUAAUUUGCGUCUUUGGGAGCCACAUCAAAGGCAUGCCCAGAAUCUGUCUGCAGUCUGCGCUAGGCUCCGGAGAACCCGUCCGGCUCCCAGCACCCACCCCCUCCCGGCAGGGCUGGAAUGCAGACUCCUGGCUCCUGGGGUGUCCGUUUGGAGUGUCGUUCCGGGGUGGAGGCACAGGAAGGCGAGGUCCUGUUCCUCCACUGGAUUGUGUUUGCUUCUGAGCCUAACUGUGGGGCAGGCAGCUGGGCGCUUUGUGGCCUCGGUUUCCCCAACUAUAGGCAGAGCCGGCCACACUACGGCCCGUUUUAUCAGUUUCUCCAUUUUUGCAACAGAGGUGGCGCUUGGCUGCUUUGAGGUAGACAAAAGACGGCAAGGAAUGAUGCACAAUCAAGUCGGGACUGCGUCUGCGAAGCACGUGGCCUCCGUCUCCCUGCUCUCCAGUCCAGGAGAAACUCGGCUUAAAGGCGAAGUUUUGGUCACGUGACUACAAGCAAACUGGGGCGGUAAAGCGAUUCCUGCCCGGUUUCAAGAUGGCGACGCACCUCGCUUGGCCCUCACGUUGAAGGCCGUCGUCAGCUUCCAUUGCCCGCUUGCACCAUGGCGGCAACCUCCCGCUAGCACGCUUCUCUGCAUCUGACCCGCCACGUACCCACUCUCAAGAUGGCUCCGCACAGGCCGGCCGAAGGCUCACUUAUUGGCUCAGAUGCUAUCACGUUCUCCUACUCCCUCACGCCCUCCCCCUCCCCCACCGGUAGUUUCCGUCUUCCGCCUUGACUGACGGAAGUUUCGCCCAAUAGGCGCCUGCGGUCUGUCCGGGUUCCGCCCUUGAAGUCGCUCCCGGGCCAAUGGGAGGCGUUGGCGGGGGCAGGGCGGGCUCGCCACGCCCACAGGCCGCGGCGGGAGCCAAUGAGUAGCGCGCGCGGGGGACGUGUGCGGGCGUCUCCGCCAUCUUGUGAGUCUAUAACUCGGAGCCGUUGGGUCGGUUCCUGCUAUUCCUGCGCCUCCACUCCGUCCCCCGCGGGUCUGCUCUGUGUGCCAUGGACGGCAUCGUCCCAGACAUAGCAGUCGGUACAAAGCGGGGAUCCGACGAGCUCUUCUCCACCUGUGUCAGCAACGGCCCCUUCAUCAUGAGCAGCUCGGCCUCAGCAGCUAAUGGGAAUGACAGCAAGAAGUUCAAAGGGGACAACAGGAGCACGGGCGUCCCCUCCAGAGUCAUCCACGUGCGCAAGCUGCCCAGUGACGUCACUGAGGGCGAGGUCAUCUCCCUGGGGCUGCCCUUUGGGAAGGUCACCAACCUCCUUAUGCUGAAGGGGAAGAACCAGGCCUUCAUUGAAAUGAACACCGAGGAGGCUGCCAACACCAUGGUCAACUACUACACGUCGGUGGCCCCCGUGCUCCGUGGACAGCCCAUCUACAUCCAGUUCUCUAACCACAAGGAGCUCAAAACUGACAGCUCACCCAACCAGGCACGUGCCCAGGCAGCCCUGCAGGCCGUUAACUCUGUGCAGUCUGGAAACCUGGCUUUGGCGGCCUCUGCUGCUGCUGUGGAUGCGGGAAUGGCAAUGGCGGGCCAGAGCCCAGUGCUCAGGAUCAUCGUGGAGAACCUCUUCUACCCAGUGACCCUGGACGUGCUGCACCAGAUCUUCUCUAAGUUCGGUACAGUUCUGAAGAUCAUCACAUUCACCAAGAAUAACCAGUUCCAGGCGCUGCUGCAGUAUGCUGACCCUGUGAGCGCCCAGCAUGCCAAGCUGUCGCUGGACGGCCAGAACAUCUACAACGCCUGCUGCACGCUGCGCAUCGACUUCUCGAAGCUCACCAGUCUCAACGUCAAGUACAACAACGACAAGAGCCGGGACUACACGCGCCCCGACCUGCCCUCCGGGGACAGCCAGCCCUCGCUGGACCAGACCAUGGCCGCAGCCUUCGGUGCGCCCGGCAUUAUGUCAGCCUCUCCGUAUGCAGGAGCCGGGUUCCCUCCCACCUUUGCCAUCCCGCAGGCCGCAGGCCUCUCUGUUCCUAACGUCCACGGAGCGCUGGCCCCCCUGGCCAUACCUUCUGCGGCUGCAGCUGCUGCAGCUGGCCGCAUUGCCAUCCCAGGCCUGGCGGGUACCGGGAAUUCCGUCCUCCUGGUCAGCAACCUGAACCCUGAGAGAGUCACACCCCAAAGCCUCUUUAUUCUCUUCGGCGUCUACGGUGAUGUGCAGCGGGUGAAGAUUCUGUUCAACAAGAAGGAGAAUGCUCUUGUACAGAUGGCGGAUGGCAGCCAGGCCCAGCUGGCCAUGAGCCACCUGAAUGGGCACAAGCUGCACGGGAAGUCAGUGCGCAUCACACUGUCAAAGCAUCAGAGUGUACAGCUGCCUCGCGAGGGACAGGAAGACCAGGGCCUGACCAAGGACUACGGGAGCUCACCGCUGCAUCGCUUCAAGAAGCCGGGCUCCAAGAACUUCCAGAACAUCUUCCCGCCCUCAGCCACUCUCCACCUUUCUAAUAUCCCGCCCUCCGUGUCAGAGGACGACCUCAAGAGCCUCUUCUCCAGCAAUGGUGGUGUGGUCAAAGGCUUCAAGUUCUUCCAGAAGGACCGCAAGAUGGCACUGAUCCAGAUGGGCUCUGUGGAGGAGGCGGUGCAGGCGCUGAUUGAGCUGCACAACCAUGACCUGGGCGAGAACCACCACCUGCGUGUGUCCUUCUCAAAGUCCACCAUCUAGAUGCCUGAGGGCCGGCGACAGCUUCCACCAUUCCAGAGAAAAAGCCACUUUAAGAAGCAGCUGAAGUGACCUUACAGACCAGAGAUUUUAUUUUUUUAAAGAGAGAUGAGUUUACCUGUUUUUAAAAAAAUUAAAUCUAGUCCACCUUGGUGUGGCAGGAAAUGGCUUGGGCCACAGAGGCCCAGUCAGGCCCAGCACCACGCCUUGAGGGGCCCAGGCGUGAGGCCACAGCUGUGCCCCGACACAGCCGCUUUCUCGUGCCUUACAAACCAGCCCGCCUUGUGGCCGCACACCCAUCCUCUCAGGCCACCAGUCUGUCUCUAGACCUGCAGGUGUACCAGCAGCCUGCACCACAGACUCCCUAUGCUGGGCAGGAGCUGCGGCCACCGCCCCCACCCUUAUAAUCAAGUGACAUGAUUCUCCCAUGUCCCUGGCCAGCCCAGGGGGCCCAGGCCAUCCUUAGCUGCCGAGCCUCAUGUGACCUUUGUAUUCUAUUCUGUGUGGUCGCAGACACCUGUGCCUAGCAAUAUUUCCACUUGACCAAAUACCCGAAUCUUUUUCCAUUUAUAUGCAAGAGAUAUAGUUUUAAGUAACUUUUUAUAGCAAUGAUACAAUGGUAUGUGUGUACUCGAAGCUUCUAUGUCCCUGCGCUCGUCCCCUCCUUCCCGGUGACCAACUUGCAGGUGGAGCCCAAGCCAGUGCUGCCUCUGCCUGGGGUAAACAGCUCUGAGACCAGUGGGCUCCUACCUUCCAAUUUUGGACCAAAGUUUUCUUUUCUGCCCGCCUCUGACUAGGCCCGGGUGAGGGGCUGACCUCUAGGCCUUAACGCCCCUCCCAAAUGCCCCCAUUGUGCCUAGCCUGUCUCUGUGGGAGGGGUUCCCUGGACCUUGGUUCUGUGAAGGAGCGUCAAGAGUGUAAAUAUUUAUGAUUUUUAUACCUGUGGGGCUGAGGCGGUGCGGCAGUUUUUUUUAUGGUGACAGAUGUAUAUUUUGGUAACAACUACAGGUUCAGUAUUGUCCCGGGGCCAACCCUGGCCACAUUCCACCCCGCCCACGAUGGUGUGUUGGGGGAGUUUCCAUUAAAGGAGUUUUCUAACCUGUGCCUUCCCUGAGCCCUUCAUUCUGAGCUGUAGAGGUACGGCCGGGCUGGGCCUGGACUCAAUAAAUGCCUGUGUCUUGC